AUGAACACCACCUCCAACAUGAUGAAUCUCAGCAAAAUGAACCACUACAACACCAAUCAAACCUACACCAUUUACAAAUCAAAGGUCUCACCAUCCCGCCGUCUCAAGAAUAUGUUGAAGCCCGUUUUGGGUCGCAUUUUCAAAUCCAAGGCCGCCAAACCCAAGCGCAGCUCCUACAUUGCCUCCGAGGAAAAGGAAUCUGAAUUCGACUGGCUCAACAAUGAUAUGGACAACAUGGCCAAUGAACAUUUGGAAAAUCGCCUACUCGAAGAGUUGCAGCACAGUGAAAGCGGUGAGGCAAUCGUGGUCAUCAAUGAAGAUGGUAGCCGCCAAUUACAAUUCGUGGACAAAGAAAAUCUCUAUGUUCCCGUACACUUUGCCCGCACCAAUGCCGGUACUUUCUUCUGGACCUCAGUACAAAAGCAAAACAUUGAACCCUAUCAAAUUGAAUGGAAUUUCUUGGAUCGUUGGGCCCAAGCUUAA